CUUAUGUGCUAAUGAAAACCAGCCUUAACUUGCAAUCUAAUCAGUCACUGAGCACUUAUUUGACUACACUGCAGUCUACUGCUGUCAUGAAUACAAAAGCUUCUGUCCCUGACAAAGCACUGCACCGAAAUUGCCUGCAAAGAACUGCAGAAAGUGGUAUUUGGGUUACACAGCCUGCAGUGUAGGCAUUUUUGCUUGGCUAGCUGAGGGAGGAAUAAUUUUGUUAACAAUCUUGUCUGGUACAUCUUAUGGCCACCUUUAAGUCGGGAAAUGUAGAGUGUUGGAGGGUAACCAUCUCCGUCACCCAUUUCCUUUCUCCCCAUGAAAACCCUUUUUAUGGAAUCAACUAAAUACAGGAAUGAUAGUGUUCUGUUUAGACUUCAUAACACUGAUCUGAGAAUGAAAAUGAAUCAUAAACGUAGCUCUGCAAGGGGCAGAGGGAUACAAAAAGAAAAGAGGAAACUGGAGUUGGAAUUGGUAGAUGUGUCUAAAAAUGGUAGGAGAGAAGCAGAGUCAGUGGCAAGCACAAGUGGUACAGUUGAAGUUAGCCAGAAGGUAGUGGCAAGAAAUGAGCUAUGUGGGAGUGAUUCAGACAUCACUGUUGAGGGUGUGGAGAUUGAGCAGCAGCAGCCGCAGUGCAGAGACAUGGCACCUGGUACUAGUAAAAAUGGUGAGAAACAUGAACAAGUGCAGGCUGAUGCAGAGGUUCCUCAGGGAAGAAAAGGCAAUUAUCACUUGGAAAAAUUGCCAAAAAGCUUUUCGACUGGCUGCAUGGAGGAGGAAUACCAUGCACUGUGCACCAUUAAAACUGCAGCGGACAGACUAGCGGAAAAGGGGGUGCUGUCUUGUGUUGCUGAGCGGGCUAUGAGUUGGCUACGGCUAUCAUAUAAAAAAAUUCAUGACAAAGACCUACCGAGACAAGCCUGCCGAGUUGAAGAGACACAAGUUCUGGAAACACUUGAAGCCAUCACUGAAUGUAACACAAGCCCUGAAACCAGCAACACGGGAACAGCGCAAGGCACAGAGCAGCCAUCUUCUGAAGACUUGCCACAAACUCGUCGCUCCAAGCGCUUGGCACAGGCCUCGAAGGUUAACCAACCUGCAAGCAAGAAAUCAAAACCGGAAGUAGAAACGGAGCAUGAAGAUGAUGAUGAUGAUGAUGAUGACGACACCUUGCAAGCAGAAGCCUCAGCUGCCUCUGACAUUUCAUCCACCAGUGAGGUAGAAGUGGGACGUGGGUGGAAAAACACUUAUAAGCGAUCGCCACAGCCCAACAGUCGCAUGGAAUACCUUUCACAAUAUUAUCAACAUCUCCAGACCUUCUUCGGUGGCGAGUAUACCGAGAAUGAGGCUCUGGAGUUUACAAGAUGUCUCCAUCGAAUGAUGGAGAACAUCGAUUGUACCACCUCAAGUAUCGAUGGGCUCCUUGACCCUGACAAAGUAUGGGAAUGGGCAAAUGCCCGUAUAGAAACGACAAUGGUUGGGCGAACGGUCCAAAAGUACUUGCUCUCCCUUGAGAAAUUUUGCCAUUUCAUUGUGCACAAGCGGUCACCUCAGCUUCCCAAGUUGAGAAAAGCUUCGCUGAAGUUGGCACAGGAGGUGCACAAUAGAUGCCCCACAUGGAGGAGGAGUGCAAACAGAAUUGCUGCAGAGAGGAGGUGGAAGAAGAUUAAAGACGAUCCCGAAUACAUGGAGAAGGUAUGGGAGGAAGGCAGGAGAAGAAGAGCUGACGCAUUUGACGAAAACAUCCUCGGACUUCGCAAUCCAACACCCAUUGGCUCACGGCCCCUGAGGUCAAAGUGGGACCGAAAGGAUGAGAAACUACUGCUUCGUUUUUUUGCAUUCAAGCCACCGAAGGACAUCAUCCGACGUGUAUGUGAAGAAGUCGACGAACUGCAAGAGCUAGUGGCCCGAAAGGGGUUUGAUCGUGUUUAUGAGAAAGUGAAAACUAUGUAUAGGAGAACAAGGGCUAUCAUUGGAUAAACAAUUCGACAAAGACGAAGCA